CGCCGGCUGAGGGUGCCAGCGGCAGUGGAGAGAGUCACUGAAGAAGGCCACAUCGCUUUAAUAACUGGCCUGAUUUAGCGUUCGCGCCCCCUCAGGAAAUGGACAGCAGGAUCAGACCGCUUGGCCUGGCGGGGCACACCGCUAACCCGCUCGGUGGCUUGCAGGUGCCCCCUUCCCUCCUGCGCCCUCCGCCUCUCUUCCUUCGGGCUUGCAACCCCGCGCUGGAGAGGGGGUACCCCCGCACCCCGAAGUGCGCCAGGUGCAGGAACCACGGCGUGGUCUCGGCGCUCAAGGGCCACAAGCGCUUCUGCCGCUGGAGGGACUGCGUGUGCGCAAAGUGCACUCUGAUAGCGGAGAGGCAGCGGGUGAUGGCCGCGCAGGUGGCGCUGAGGAGGCAGCAGGCUCAGGAGGAGAGCGAGGCCCGGGAGCUCCGGCUCUUGUACCCCGGCUCGGGGAUCGGCGGGGAGACAGGGAUCCCUCAAGGCUCACCCGUAGGCCCCGGGGUCCCAGCAGUUACCGGCAGCACUCCAACAGCUCCCAGUUUUGAUGUUAUUGGAGCAGAGAACCAAAAAGAUGAUGACAAACUGAGCAAGUACAACUUUUACAACGGCUUCGUGGGUCGGCCCCUGUUUGCAGCCCACACCGCACGGCUGCCCUCUCCAAACGACACGAAGGAUCUGUCUCCAAUCAAGGACAACACCACCUCAUCCUCUGGUGACAGCGCAAGUCCUUCCCCGGUGUUCGACCACAUGGAGAGUCCACAGAGGUCGCUUUCCUCCUCGGAUCCGGAAUCAGGCAGCGAGCUGGAGAAACCCAAGGACUUCCCGAGCCUGGACCGGGACCCCACUGACAUCAUGGCCAAGAUCUUCCCCCACCAGAAACGUGACACCCUGGAGUCUAUGGUGAGAACGUGCAAAGGCGACAUUGUCAGGUCCAUUGAACUGGUGCUGAGUUCCAAAGAGAGCAAAACUGACUCUGAAAGCGUGUCUGUGUCUAAUCACUCAAAUGCACUCAGGCCUUCUGUUGGGCUGCCUGGAGCGCUCGGUGCUCUGGGGAACAAGUCUGCCUUCUCCCCGCUCCACAUGCCACCGACGGCCGCCGGGGGAGACAGUCUUUACGGGCUCAGCCCUCGCCUCGCCGUCAGCCCCCUGCGGCUGGCCUAUUCCUCUGCAAACGGUGGCAUGGCGGGUUUUAUGUCGCCGUACAUGCCAUCUGGACUGAUGCCUGUGUUUCCACUGCGUCCACCCUUGGACUCAUAUUCCUUCCCGGGAAUGAUCCGAGACCUCUCUUACCUUCAGAGCAAGGAGUCACUAUGCAGUACAGGUCUUUAUACACGAUUUAACAGUGAAAAAUGACAAAUUAAAAAUCUACAAGUAAAAAAAUGUUAUUCUUUAGUUACUCUUAUUGUGAAUGGCCUAUCAGAUUUACCAUUAAAUCGCCUUUCCGGUACCUCAAACCCAGCUAAAGUGCUGAUUAAAAUCACUGCAUCCUGAUAAUUUCCCUUUUAAACUUGUUCACAUUCUGUAAAGAUUGUUUAUUAUUAAUAAAGUCAUCAAAAGGU